UCAAUUGUGUUUUCUUUGUGAAGUAGCUCAUUGCAAUUUUUAUGUAAAUUACGAAAAAAAAAUCGUGGUUAACAAUUUAUAAAAUGCCAUACAAACGAUCGUGUUUGCGUUAUGCACAUACAAAUGGUCAAUCGCACUGUUGUUACACGGAAAACGGAGAGCAUGUCAUCACAACUGGGUCAGAUGGUGACAUUCGCAUUUGGAACGGUGUAGAUGAUGAUGAUCCGAAUACACAGUGUGUUGGUGAAUUCAUUUUGUAUCAUGUGUAUUAUGAGCAGCGCAUUCUGACAUCCACCGAUUUGAAUACGGUCCAAGCCUAUACAUAUCCAGAAUACAACCGUGAUGGUACCGAAUUUCGAUUCUCAGCUCCCAUUACUUGCAUCAAAGUCAAUGCCGAGUAUAUGGCGGCGUGUUCAGAAGAUAUGACUAUUAAAGUAAAGCUAAGAGAUACGUCUAUGGAACCAUUCGAACUAACUGAACACACUGGUCCGGUUUUGCGAAUCGAUUUAAGCAGAAAUAACCUACUGGUGUCUAGUUCUGGCGAUGGAACCAUUAAAAUUUGGAAUCUUGACGAGAAAAAAUGCAUCAAAACCAUUUCCGGAUUUGACAAAAUUAAAAGCUAUCAAAUGACGCAAGUUUAUGUAACACCUUCAUUUGAACCGAAACAUGGCAAAUUCAUGGCAUACAAUCAGGAUAAAAGCAUUAUUAUUGUCGACACACAAAAUUGGGCGGUGAAGAAAACGCUGACUGAUGAACAAAAUAAAUCAAAGUACAGCGUAUGUGCAUAUUCAAAAUGUGGCAAGUAUAUAGCGGCUGGUAAUGAAAAUGGUGAUUUUUCCAUUUGGGAUAUCGAUGCAAAUCAAAUAAUUCAAGAGGAUAAAAGUGGGGAUAAUGAAGCACAAUGUAUUACGGCCAUUGAUUGGAAUCCAAGUAAUAAUGGUGAAUUUGCAUACACUGAUAAUACUGGCCAAUUUGGUUUGGUUGAAAACAUAACUGAUGACAAUGAGAAUGUUAUUGAGCGUGAAGAAGAGAAUGGCAUGGACGAGGAUAUUGAUUUUGGUGAAAUUCAAUUUCCCGACGAUCCAGAUGAUAUCGAUAAUGAGAAUUGUGUAUCGUUGGAAAAGUUAAAAAAUGAAACCAUGAAAAAGACAAUUGAUGAUGAGAUCGAUGAGUUUCUCGAAGGUUCUUCAAUAAAAACUGGUGCGAUGAAUGACGACAAUGAUGAUGUUAAAAGUGAUGGUCGUAGUACAGCGAUGGCACAUUAUGCAAAAACCUAUGAUUUACAGUCACCAUUUCAACCGGGUGAAACGCCAAAAACAUUAGAACAUCGUUACAUGCUAUGGAAUCAUAUUGGUAUUGUACGUGCGCAUACAACAUCAUCUGAGAAUUCGAUUGAAGUUGAAUUCCAUGAUGCGAGCAUUCAUCAUGGUUUGCACAUGGUAAAUCAUUUAAAUCAUACAAUGGCCAGUUUAAGUUCAUCGGUUCUUGCACUGUGUAAUGAAACGCCCAGCAAAUUGGUGUGCAUUAUAUUGGGAGGUUCAGGUGGAAGUCGUGAAUGGUCAUUGUCGAUGCCAAAUUGUGAGGAGAUUCUUUGUGUUGCGGCUUCAUCAAAAUUGGUUGUUGUUGCAACCGAUGUACGAUUUUUACGCAUUUUCAGUGCAUUGGGAACACAACGUGAAAUUGUUUCAUUGCCAGGUCCAGUUGUUGCUGUUGCCGCUCACGACGAUCGUAUCAUUGUUGCUUAUCACAGUGCGGCUGCAUCGGAAGAUCAACACAUCUCAAUGAUGCUCAUCCAAACGAUUGGCUUGAGUUUGCGUUGCCGUGAAUUUAAAGUAACACUUACACCAAAUUCAAAACUCACAUGGAUCGGUUUUUCCGAUAAAGGAUCACCGGUAACAUGCGAUACAAUGGGAAUGCUUCGAAUGUUUUCAAUUCGAUCGAAUCAUUGGUUUCCAGUGUGCGACACAAGUUUACAUACAAAAGGCGCAUCAGACAAUCAUUUUAUCAUCGAGGUGUCGGAAUCAACACAAAUUGUUCGCUCAAUUUUAUGCCGUGGUUCAUCAUAUCCACUGACAACACCCAAACCAAUGGUCUCCGAGUUGAAAAUGGAAAUGCCAGUUUGUGAUAUUGAAGCCGAACAAUCAAAAUUGGAAGAAGCAUUGGUACGCAACAGUUGCUUUAAUGUCGACGAUGCCGAUAAAAAUAUCAAGGAAAUUGCUAUCAAAUUGUUUGCGAUUGCAUGUCGUUCGGAAUCUGAACUACGCGCAAAAGAACUUAUUGAGAUGCUGGCAUUGCCAUCACUCAUGCCAUUGGUUAUAAAAUACGCAAGCAAAUUGGGCCGCAUUCAUUUGGCCGAAAAAUUAGGUGAACUUCUGCCACAAUUUGAGGAACAAGAAAAAGAACGACAAAAAUAUGAUGAAAACGAAGCAGCCAGUGAACUUCUCUUGAGCACACCCACCGCACAAAAUUUGAUACGGUCAAAUCAAAGCAAAAAUUCAACACCAACGGUUAUACCGAAACCACUUUCAAUAAGCCAAUUGAAACGUAAUCCGUUCAAGAAGACACCAACAAGCAGUGGAAAAUCAGGUCCUAGUGCUUUCAAACAUUUGACCGAAACAGCCAUUGGAUUUGAUUCACAAGAAACACAAGAUAUGGAGUUUGAUUCGUUGCCACCGAGUGCACCAGAUACAGAAAAAGAAAAUCAAAAUACAGACACUAACAGUCCCAAGCCAAUGACAACAAAACUACCAUUUAUAGACUAUUAUAAUGCAAAUCGAGCGGAAUUUGAGCGAGAUAAUCCCGGUUUGACACCAAAUGAACUAACAAAAGUUGCAAUGGGCAAAUACAAACAGAUUUAUUCGGGUAAAUCAAAUGGAACACCAACCAGUGCACACAACACAACCGAUGAUUCCACAAAAUCGAAUGGUUUGAAUGCCAAGCGAAAAAUCAAUACUGAAGACAAUGAGCGAUCUGGUAUCGCAAAAUUGGCCAAAUACAGUUUCAAAAAACCAUAAA